AUGGACUCUGAGUUGCCUAAGAUACUACAUGCAGAAGGAGCCGAACCACUAUCUGACAAGAUAAACAAGUGUGCAAGAAUGUCGAUAUUGACUGAUCUGGCAAAAGGCGUGAAAUCAGAGUACGCAGAAGUGAAGCGAGACCCGUUGUUUGCUAAGAUCAUAGCAAUCCACGAGAACCGGCUGCAUUUUUCAGCUAAAUUGGUGCAUAGCUUCAUGACCAGGCAGCUUGUCACCGCUAAAAAGCAUGAGCUCUGGUUCGUAUUCGCAAGAAGGCCAUUGCGGUUUUCUUUGCAAGAAUUCCAUGCUGUCACCGGUCUCAAAUGCCAAGACGAUGGCAAGUCUGACCAAAUAAAGUGGGUUGAAGAUGGCGGUUUUUGGAGUACAAUGUUUAAGACUCGUGGAAAUAUUAGCUUCGAGACAAUUGAUCGCGGGAUCAGGUCUUCCCCUUUCCUAUCCCUGAUUCUGCAAGUGCACAGGUCAGAAGUAGUAAACGGGUAUCGAACACAAGGACCAGAUUGCACACUACAAGUUAUGAGUUUGAGAACAAGCUAG